CCUCGAUGCUUUUCCUUAUGAAUCAGCCUUAUAAAGUCAAUUGUCCAUUGUGCUUUUAUCAUCAAGUCAUACCAGAGUUUCCUUCCAAAAUCUGAUUCGAAAAUUUUCCCGGAAAAUUACCUCCUCCAGGUUCAAAAUCGUAGUUUUCAGUAAAGAGUACCUUAAUCAAUAGAAGCUGUAGCCAAAAGCAUCGGCUUGAAUCAAUGGCAUACGAAGGCGAUCUCCAUCUGAAGGCAACAGAGCUAAGGUUAGGGUUGCCGGGGAGCGAUGAACCUCAGAAACAAUAUACUCCGAAUGCAAGGAGCAACAAAAGAGCCUCACCAGAAAUAUCAGAAGAGUCUAGGACCAGAAGCAAUUCCAGUGCAUCGAUUGCUGAAAAUGGUGACAGGGAAAUUGAUGCACCUCCUGCCAAGGCACAAGUAGUGGGAUGGCCACCUAUCAGAUCUUAUAGGAAAAAUUGUUUUCAAACGGAGCAAAAUGAUGCUAAGGGUUCCUGCAUAUAUGUCAAAGUAAGCGUAGAUGGUGCUCCUUACUUGAGGAAGAUUGAUCUUAAGGUGUACAAGUGCUACCCAGAGCUCCUCAAGGCUUUGGAGAAUAUGUUCAGGCUAACUAUUGGCGAGUAUUCAGAGAGAGAAGGGUACAAUGGAUCUAACUAUUCUCCUACUUAUGAAGACAAAGAUGGCGACUGGAUGCUCGUUGGAGAUGUUCCAUGGGAAAUGUUUAUUUGUUCCUGCAAGAGGCUGAGAAUUAUGAGAGGAUCAGAAGCUAAAGGAUUGAGGAAUUGAGCUGUUUUUAUAUAAAGGCUGAGGAAAUAUUAUAAUCCACUAAGGUGAUGCUGACAAAAACGUAUAGAAACAUUGAGAUUCAGAGGAACAUGCAUUUGGAUUGUGUUUAAAGGAUCGAUCGGAGACAGAUUGAUCAGAUCUUUCUAUGGAAUUUUGGCUUUCGUCCUCUGGAUUUUUUUUUAUCUUAUUAGAGUUCAUAUAUAUACAGGAAAAAUAAUGAAGCAGCAAAUUUCAAGAUUCAAUUGUACAAAUUGGGGAAAAACAUUACUUAAGAUUUCUAUAUGUAUUGAUCAUUUAGGAUUAGAAACACAGUAUUAUACAAUUUUACUUUUUUCGAGAGU